GCCGUACACCGUUAAUCACUUUGCUUCUUGCCGACUUUCACGUACCGGUACCAAGACGAUGGCCGCGAUAAAGCGCGUACUCAUAACGGGUGCCAGCCGCGGCAUUGGCCUCGAGCUCGCCCGGCACUACAAGGCUAAAGGAUGGCUCGUCAUCGCGGCUGUACGCAACCCCGCGACAGCAAUCGAGCUGCAUGAGCUGGGUCUCGAGCGCAUUGUCGCCAUGGAUGUCAUCGACGAAUUGUCUAUUGACGCAGCGGCAUCAACGAUUGGCCCCGACACGCCGAUCGACCUACUUCUCAACAACGCUGGUAUUCUCCUCGGUCGAUCCUUGACAGACGCGACGAAGGAAAACCUCUUGCGUCAAUUCGAAGUCAACACGGUCGGGCCGUUUCUCGUCACGAAGGCGUUCUUGCCCAACUUGAACGCUGCCGUGAAGACGCAGGGACUCGCAAUUGCCGCCUAUAUCACGUCCAAAAUGGGAAGUAUCGAAUGCAACGUCGCCGGUAGCUGCUACGGGUACCGAGCGUCGAAGACGGGCCUCAAUAGCCUCAUUAAGUCCCUCGCCAUCGAGCUCGGGCCCAAGGGUAUCUCAACGUUGCUGCUCCAUCCGGGUUAUGUCCAAACCGACAUGAAUGACAUGCGGGGCGAGCUCACAGUAGCCGAGAGCAUUGCCGGCAUGGCGGCAGUUCUCGAUACUGCAAAACCUGGUGACAAUGCCAAGUACUACGACAUCGAUGGAAGUAUUUUGCCGUGGUAAGAGUCCCCCAGGAUGUGAGACAGCUUGUUUUACGUUAAGCCACCAACCCGGAAAUCAAAUCUUGUGAUAUCGGACA